GAGUCGACGAGAACAGGAAGCCACUUGAGGCUCCUCGCAGCCUGGAGAGCUGCUUGCAGAGGAUGUGGUCGGCCCGUGAGAGAGGGAGGGAGGUAGUUAAAGGUGACGAGAAGCCGAGCCGCUGUGUCAGGGUUUGACUUGCUGGCCACCCUCUCCCCGCCGGAGUCCUGAACUGGGAGGCCGAGAGGGGCUGUUUUGGCAACGGUCAGCUUGGGAGGGGUCGCGCUGUUUGCAGCCUUUUGGGAGGCCGGUUGCCAUAGCAAUGGUGCUCGGGAUGCGGUGAGCAAGGGAGAGAUGAUGGAGAGAGAGGAGAGCGAAGCGGAGUCGCCGUCUUCCUGGUCUCCAGUUCAAAGGGAAAGGCUGUUCACGUGUGGAACCAUUUCUGACAUUUCUGGGAAGAAACGGAAGCAGGGGACAGUCAGUGAGACAGAGGCUGUCACAAGAGUCCUUGAAGACAAGGAUGUGGACGAUGUUGCUGCUAACGCUGGGCCAGUCAAAGACGGGGAGGAGCCCAGUAACAAGAGGGUCAAACCUGUGUCCAAGGGGGCUGGUCUGGCCAGCUUCAUGGGUCCAGUCAAGUCCACCUCGCUCAAACGCAUCGGCCAGUCCAUCCAGCGGUCGAUCAGCUUCAAGACGGAGGCCCGACCGCUGCCCCCCGCCCCCCUGCGCCACCGGCAGAAGGCCGCCUCGCUGCCCAGGCGCCGCAACAGCCAGCUGUGGAGCGAGACAGUGGAGAGCAUCUCCGAGGAGCUCCCCGCCAAGGAGAUCAAACGGCAGGAGGUAAUAUUUGAACUGACACAAGGAGAGAAGCAGCUCAUUGAAGACCUCAAUUUGGCAAAGAAGGCGUACUAUGAGCCCAUGCUCAAGCUGGACAUCAUGACCGAGAGCGAGCUGGGACAGAUCUUCGGGACGCUGGACUCCCUCAUCCCUCUGCACGAAGAUCUGCUGAACCAGUUAGAGAACCUGCGAGGGACAAAGAAUUGUGUUGCGGAAGUGGGACCCACUCUGAUGAACUGGUACUUGUGUCUGACUGGGCCGCCCCUCUCGCCGCAGUUCCCCUGCCUCGAGGCCUACAUCACCUACUGCUGCAACCAGGUGGCGGCCAAGGCCCUGCUGGACCACAAGAAGCAGGACAGGAAGGUGGACGAGUUCCUGCGCCUGUGUCAGGAGUCCUCCUUCAGCCGCCGGCUGGACCUCUGGAACUUCCUGGACCUGCCCCGCAGCCGGCUGGUCAAGUACCCCCUGCUGCUGCGGGAGAUCCUCAAGAGCACGGCCCCCGACCACCCGGACCACCAGCACCUGCAGGAGGCCAUGGAGCUCAUCCAGCGUGUGGUGUCUCAGGUGAACAGUAAGACUGGAGAGGCCGAAUGUCAGUUCUACCGCCGGGGCCUCUACUACCUGGAGGACACACAGCGCGUUCCCGAGAUCCAGCUGUCCCGCUACCUCUACUGCCACGGGGACCUCAAGAGCAACAAGGGCCAGAAGCUCCACGUCUUCCUGUUCGAGCUGGUGCUGGUGGUGACCCGGCCCGUCUCCCACAGCGACGUGCUGCAGUUCCAGGUGUACCGGCAGCCCAUCCCCGUCGGAGACCUGGUGCUGGAGGACCUGCCCGACGGCGAGGCCGGAGUGGGCGGCUCCUUCCGCGGGGCAUUCGCCUCUGGAAACGAGAGAGCCAAGAACUUCUUCCGCGUCAGCUCCAAGGGCAGAUCGAAGGGCCAAGCGCACAGCCUGCAGGCCAACGACUCCUUCAACAAGCAGCAGUGGGUGUCCUGCAUCCGCCAAGCCAUCGUGUCCUUCCGAGACCAGCAGGACCCCGGCCCGGCGCCAGACAGCUCGCUGGAGGACAUCGCUGACCUCAGCUUAGACUGCGAUGACAAGGGGGGCGGGGACGUGGAGAUGACGGACACGUAGAAGCAGCCAAUCCCCAGGAGACUUCCUCGGCCCUGCAGCUCGCCUGGCGGGUGAUGGGACUCCCAUGGGCGUCUGCUGGGAUUUAUCACCAGGAUCACUGGGAAUUUCACCAGGAAAUCUCCAGGACUCAUCUCUGGAGAGCCACGGACAGCACAUGAUAUUCUGGACUUAAAAACUUGCAAAAAAACCAAUGAAGUAGAAACAGAGUUUUUUAAAAAUAAAAAACUGCAGACCUGCAUUCUCCUGGGUCUUUCUGCUUCAGUUGUCCCAUGAGCAGGGCAAGAAAACUGGACCUCCUUCUAAAAUGCACUGGGCUUCUUAUGGUACGUCUGGAGCACAGGGAUACCCGUGUUGAUGGGAAUUCCAAUACUCCUAAACCAGCUGUGUGCCAUUAACACAAACAGGUGGAGCUCACUAAACUAAAAAAGGCCAAUUUAGCUUUUCUCUGUGUUAAGCCUGGGCUGGAUCCAGCUGUGAUGGGAAUCUGAUCUCUUCCUUGCAUUGCUCUCCCAGGAGUUUCAGAAAGAUGCAUUUUUUUACAGUGUGGUGUGAACUAAUCAGGUUCAGGAGAAAGAGUACUACCUCAUUCCACCACCUAGACUGGUCAGAGAGAAAGGGGAACAAUCACAUCUUUAUAAUGAUCUAGUAGCUAUUAAAAUGAAAUUUUAAGGAUUUCAGAAUGAAUGGCUUAGUUGUUUCAUAGCUUUUGUCCCAGGUACUGUCCAGGUGUAUCCUGCCUUGUGCUCUGUGCUUCCUGGAAUAGGCUCUGGGCCACUGUGACUCUGAACUGGACAAGCGGUUAUUGCUGAAAUAAUUGCUCUGUGCGUGGCAGUGUGGUCAACUCCUGCUGACAGGGCAGUGAUGAUGGGCCAUCAGGUGCACGAGACCUGUGCUCUUUGAUACGCUCCCAGAAUUCACAAAAACCAGCUCAUUCAUUUUUCCCAACACCAGCGGUGCAGCACAGGAGUGCCUUCAGACUCUACACAAGCUAACUGGUCUGCCAAUGGCUUCCACCUCUAUUCUCCAUGGGGCAGUGAGUCCAGCGGGACUGAGCUCCCUGUGCUGGGACUGAGCUCCGGAUCCGCGGUCCAGCGCCCCGUGCAUGGACUGAGCUCCCAGUCUGCAGCCCUGUGUCACGCAUGUGGACUUGUUUGUAAAUGCUUGAAACUUUCUUAUCAGUAUUAACUGUCAAACACAAAAACAUGAAAAAACUUAUGAACAUCGCACCCCCCCACUGAUCUGUUUAGCUUGAAAGUCCUCCCUGACCUGCAGCCAGGUCAAGGGGUCUGCUGUUGCAGUAAGCUGACCUGCUGACCUCCUGCUAAAUAUCUCAUGAAUGUAUUUUACUGUGUGCAGGUCUGCUACAGUGGUGCAAAUCAAGGUGAAACUGUCUGUAAAGCCAGUGUAACACCAAUGAGCUCUCCCAAGAACUUGUGUUAACUUGCUUUUAUUGAUGUUUCCAACACAUUUCAUCACAUACAUCUGCUAUGUACUGUUGCUUUUGUAUAUUUUAUUUACAGAUAUUUUGACAACCAGACUCUUCCCCCUCUCCACAGCAGACCUCCUGCAUGAAAACUGAAAUUUGUGUGGAUGUGCCUGUAAGCAAAUUGAAUGUUAAUUUAGCACUAGGUGUUCAUUAAAUUCAUGGUGAAACAUGAA